AUGGGCUCGACAUGGCAGGCGAUGCGGAACGUGAUCAUCUCCAUCUACCAGCCGUCGCACCUGGCGAGCCUCAUUCCGGCCAUCCAGCCCUACAUCGAGCGGGCGGGCAGCCUGUUCUGCCCCGGCGAGGAGAUCACCUUCUCCGACCUCUCCAUCAGGCUCUUCAACGACGUCAUCGGCCAGGCCGCAUUCGGCGUCGACUUCGGCCUCACCAAGGACGCCGACGACGCCGAGAACGAGAAGAUCAUCCAUGACGCGCCCCGCGACUUCAUCCAGAAGCACCUGUACGCCACCACGUCCCUCAAGAUGGACCUGUCCGGCUCGCUGUCCAUGCUCGUCGGCACCUUCCUGCCGGCGCUUCAGAGGCCGCUGCGGCAGAUGAUGCUGCGCGUGCCGGGCUCCAUGGACCGGCGGAUGGACGAGACCAACGCGGCGCUCAGCGGGGAGCUCGACGCCAUCGUGGCGGAGCGGGCGGCGCAGGCCGACCGGGGCCAGAAGAACUUCCUCUCCGUGCUCCUCAACGGCAUCGACACCAGCGACGCCAUGAGGAAGCUCUUCACGCCGGACUACGUCAGCGCGCUCACCUACGAGCACCUGCUCGCGGGCUCCGGCACCAUGUCCUUCACGCUGUCGAGCCUGGUCUACCUCGUGUCGGCGCACCGGGAGGUGGAGGAGAAGCUGCUCCAGGAGAUCGACGCGUUCGGGCCCAAGGACGUGGUGCCCGACGCCGACGACCUCCGCACCAGGUUCCCCUACCUGGAGCAGGUGCUCAAGGAGACGAUGCGAUACUUUCCCGGCUCCCCGGUGGUCUCGAGGGAGGCGACCGCUGACGUCGAGAUCGGAGGCUAUUUCCUGCCCAAGGGGACGUGGGUGUGGCUGGCGACGGCGGUGCUGGGGAGGGACCCGAAGCAGUUCCCGGAGCCCGAAGCUUUCCGGCCGGAGCGCUUCGACCCGGAGAGCGAGGAGUGCAAACGCAGGCACCCCUACGCAUACAUCCCCUUCGGCAUCGGCCCGCGGGCGUGCCCGGGGCAGAAGUUCGCGUUCCAGCAGCUCAAGCUCACUGUCAUCCACCUCUACCGCCGCUACGUCUUCAGGCACUCGCCCGGAAUGGAGUCCCCGCUGCAGCUGCAGUUCUCCAUCGUCACCAACUUCAAGAACGGUGUCAAGCUCCAGGUCGUCCAAAGGAACAACUAA